GAAGAUCAUUUGCCAGAAGAAAUGGCCAAGUUUUAUCUGGCUGAAGUGGUAUUGGCUGUAAAUUCAAUACAUAAAAUGGACUAUGUGCACAGGGAUCUCAAGCCUGACAAUCUUCUUCUUGACGUCAGUGGACAUAUCAGAUUAGCAGACUUUGGUUCCUGUUCCAAGCUUGGCAAGAAAGGAACUGUGAGAUCAGCUGUUGCUGUGGGAACCCCUGAUUACAUCUCUCCUGAAAUCCUGCAGGCCAUGGAAGAUGGGAGAGGUGAAUAUGGAGUUGAAUGCGAUUGGUGGUCCUUGGGUGUGUGCAUGUAUGAAAUGCUCUUUGGAGAAACUCCAUUUUAUGCAGAAUCUUUGGUGGAAACCUACAGCAAAAUCAUGGGCCACACGGGCAAGUUUAAUUUCCCUUCUGAUGUAGAAGUUUCAAAUAAUGCAAGAGAUUUAAUGCAGAGACUGUGUUGUAAAAUAGAACAAAGAUUAGGUCAAAAUGGGAUUGAUGAUUUUCGAAAUCACCCUUUCUUUGAGGGAAUUGACUGGGACGACAUUGGUGACACUGUUCCACCAUAUGUCCCUGAAGUCAGUAGUCCAUCAGAUACUUCAAACUUUGAUGUGGACAUUGAUGAAUCAAGAGCAAAUGACGCAAUGAGGCCAUCAUCUGUUUCCCCUUUUACUGGACAUCAUUUGCCGUUCAUUGGAUUUUCAUUCACAGAGAACAGUCGACUGUCUGAUAAAGCUCAUUCUGUGAUAAAGGAAGCAGGGCAGGUCACUUUGGAACCGGUCACAAAUAAUGUUCCUAGCUCGCUGUCUGUUGAAGCUUAUGAAAGAAGAAUACAGAGGCUCGAGAGGGAGAAAUCCGAACUGGCCAGAAAGCUUCAAGAAUCCACUAAAGCUUUGCAAGAUCAAGCACUGUCUGUAGAUGGAUCUAAAAGCGAUCAUAUGGACACAAGGGAAGUGAAAAGACUAAAAGAUGAAAUGACAUCAAUGAAGAAGAAAAUCAUGGAGUACGAGGCUCAAUCUUCUGACUUAGAGAAAGAACUGCAAGAUGUGCUGACCUCUCGGAAAGACCUGGAAUCAACUAACGAAGAAAUGAGUGCCAAGAUGCGGUCCUUGGAUAGAGAAAACAGAGGCUUAAAAAUGGAGAAAGAGGACAUUGAAAGAGUUCUUCAGGAGGCCAAUGAAAAAAUAGCCUCACAGCAAAAGGAAUUGAAAGAAGCACACAACCAGAGAAAACUAGCCAUGGCAGAGUUUAGUGAGCUGAAUGACAAGCUGGCAGACAUAAGAUCACAGAAAACCAAGGUGUCAAGGAUGCUUCGUGAAAAAGAGGAAGAAUUGGAAUCCACCCUACAAAAGCUUGAUGGUCUCAGGCAAGAAGUUCGCAAUGCUGACCGAAAAAAGAGAGAACUUGCUGCUCAGGUGGAGGAAAUGUCUUCAGAAGCUAAUAAGGAACGGAAACUUAGGGCUAGAAGUGAUCAGAAUGCCAAGCAACUUGAGGAGGAAAUAGAAUACCUUAAGGCCAAGCAGAGAAGUCUUGGAAGACCAUUUGCCACAGACACAACAGCUGAGGAACAACAGCAGGAAAUCACAAGACUCAAAGCAGAGAUAGAGAAGAUCAAACUAGAAUACGAAGAAUCAACAGCUCAGGAACAACAGAAAUAUUCCAGUGAAAUUAAGGAAUUGAAUGAGAAACUUCUUGAAGCAGAUUCAGCGAGAGCAAGUUUGAAAAAUGAGGUCUCUGCAUUAACUACCAAAGUAAAUGAGGCACGCAUGGACAGUGUAAAAGAACAUCAAGAAGCGAUCGAGGAACUGAGGAGAAAGAGUGAAAGAACUAAGGGUAUUCUUGAGGAGGAGAACAAGAAAUUACAAGCUGAUGUCGACAAGAUGACAGAAACUUUGAAACGUACCACCUCUGCUCAUCGUAAACUUGAGGAAGAAAUGAGGGACAGCAAUGAAAAGAAAGAUGCUGUUGCACACUGGGAAGCUCAGAUAGCUGAGAUUAUUCAGUGGGUGAGUGACGAGAAGGAGGCCAGAGGCUAUCUUCAAGCAUUAGCUAGUAAAAUGACAGAAGAACUGGAUGGUCUGAAAUCAUCAGGAUACGCCACAAUACCGAGGGGUGAAAAGAACCAGUGGCAGAUGAGACGAUCACAGAAAGUUGACAAACAAGAGAUACUGACGCUGCAGUCAAAUCUCCAAGCUGAGAUUCAGGUGAAGCAGCAACUGAUGGAGGAACUGAACAAAAUGAAAGCUGCUAAUGUAGCUAAUGAGAGGAAAUUGGGUGAAUCUGAAGCGCAGUGUGAUACUCUGCGUGAUGAAGUCAAGCAACUCAAAGCAGAAAUCGAACAAUUGAGAGUUGGUGGCAAGUCUGGAAAUGGAUUAUCAUUCUUGUAUAUGAGGGAAACUUCGCGAGACUCCAGACUAGAAGGAUUGGCAGAGGAAAUAGACGGUCAGUUAGGAGAGGAACAGAGGUCCCGGUCUCAUAGCACUCCUUCAACAGCUGCCCCCGAUUCCAUUUCAAUAAGAUCAUCCAUUUCAUCUGUGUCAUCCAUCGCACCUCCUCAGCCUCGUGUACACAAGUUCUCAGUAAGAACUUUCACAACACCUACAAAGUGCAGUCAGUGUACUUCACUGAUGAUCGGUUUGGUCAGGCAAGGUUCAAUAUGUGAAGUGUGUCAAUACGCUUGCCAUGUUUCCUGCACUAAACAAGCACCGCCAGUUUGUCCUAUUCCUCCGAGUCAAAUGAACAGAAGGCCGCUUGGAAUCGACCCUCAAAAGGGAAUAGGAACUGCUUAUGAAGGAAUUGUUAAGAUUCCUAAGCCUGGUGGAAUAAAAAAGGGUUGGCUUCGACAAUUCGCUGUUAUCUGUGACUUCAAAUUAUUUCUUUUUGAUGUAACUGGUGACAAACCCCCUCAGAUUUCUCAAUCAGCAACACAAGUUAUUGACAUGAGAGAUGAAGAGUUCUCAGUCAGUGGGGUACUGGCUGCUGAUGUAAUUCACGCAAAUAAAAGAGAUUUACAAUGUAUUUUUAGGAUUACAGCAUCUCAGAUGAACCCCCCUGGAGAAUCUCUAACACAGCUGAUACUAACAGAAAGUGAAAAUGAUCGAGUUAAAUGGGUGAAUGCUCUUCAACAGUUGCACAAAGUCCUUAAGGAAAACAAGGAGACUUCCAGGAGGCAAGUUUACCAGGCCAAAGAAGUUAUCGAGUCCAAUCCACAGAUCAAACAAGCACUCUGUGCAACGAUAAUCGACACUGACCGAGUGUGCCUGGGUACAGAGGAUGGUCUCUUCUGUAUUGAAUUGAUGAAAGAAAGUUUGUCUCGCAUUGGAGACAAUAAGAAGGUUUCUCAGAUAGAGAUGUUACCAGAUGAGCAACUUCUUGCUUUGAUAUCAGGAAGGAAUCGUCAAAUUCGACUCUAUCCACUUUCUGCUGUAGAUGGACAUGACACAGAACCAGUUAAAAUUGCAGAAGCGAAAAACUGUUUAAUGUUUGCAGCAGGAGGUAUUCAUAAUAACACAGCGACUUGUCUAUGUGCAGCAGUCAAGAGGCAUAUAUACGUCUACGAACUGAACAGAACAAAGUUCAGACAUCUGAAGAUCAAGGAAAUUCCAGUGAACUUCAACAUUCAAUGGUUAGGAGUUUCAUUUGGAAGGUUACUAGUUGGAUAUGUCUCCGGGUUUACUAUACAUGAUAUCACAGGAGAAGGAGGGCCUCAGAAACUUGUCAACUCAGACGACCAGACAUUAAAUUUUAUCACCAAUAACCCACUGGAUGCUUUACUUGCCGUGGAAAUCGAACCAAAGAAAGAAUUUCUGUUAUGUUUUAAUUUACUAGGAAUCUUUGUUGACGAAAGUGGUUACAGAUCUAGACAUUAUGAGCUGAUGUGGCCAUCACCGCCAACAAAUGUCGCGUUUUCACAUCCGUACGUGAUUUCCUUCAGUGAGAGAGCAAUAGAUAUCUUUGACUCGAGUAAUGCCGAAUGGCUGCAGACCAUACCGCUCAAAAAGUGUCAUGCUUUGAUCAACGAUGGAUCACUGGCUCUGUGCACCGCCUCAGAACAGUGCAAUUUAGUUUACCUGAGGAAUACUUUGUAUGAAGAAGAGGAACUGAUCAUUCCAGACCCCACUAAAGGAAAGAAAGCCCUAGCUGCUAUUUUAAGACUGAAAAGCAGCAAGAGGAGUAGUUCAUACCGAUUUGGAUUUAAAAACAAAGAGGGUGGCUUAGCAGAUAUGGAUGCGGAUAUCAGAUCCAAGCUUAUCUCAGCACCAACCAAUUUCAACCAUAUCUCUCAUAUGGGGCCUGGGGAUGGAUUCCAAAUCAUCAAAGACUUACCAUCGGGUCAACGCGGGGUUGAGGAGGAACCUCCUCAAGUGGUUCCACGUAAUACUUCAGUAGGUCCCAGGUCCAAGCGCGCUGUCACUGCAAAUCCCAGUCUCAUGACUCGACCCAACGUGGCAGCGAGGGGUCUGAAACCGGCUGGACCCGCGCAAGGAAUGGUAAAUGGCAGAACGGCGUCCAUGAAUGUUGUUAACAGUUCUGCUGAAGCCUCUCCACCAGUUCCCAGACCGCGAUCAUCAUCUACCCGGUCAGCGGAAGAUGUUUCGAAUGAUGGACGUGUGGCAAAUAGUUCAAACCGGCUCUCUGCCGAUCUCGACAAUUAUGCACAGUACUUCAAUACCUUGAGACCCAAAAGUGUAGCGGACGAGCAGAGGCAUCUGGCUUUGGCGUUGGAGUUGAGUAAAAGGCAUGCGGGACCGAGUUAUGACGGUGGCAGCACAAAUUCACGGGAUUUGUUAAAUCUUCCCGAGAACGACUCACCCAGACAUUCUACGGGGUCUGGUUCGAGUUCUGGUCUGAGUGUGUCACCUCUAGGAAGUCAAGAGGAAGGUGUUACUUCUCCUGAUUGUGUUAAAUUGAACUUUUCAGAUACCACAAGAUUCUGAUGGGAAUGCUCAUCAAUUCAGCUAGCGAUCUUUUCAAGAUUACUGAUCAAGUCAUUGGUUGAUCCUGUGUACAUUGGCGUGGAAAAAUAUAUAUCAUAAGAAAUUAGUUUAAUUGUUGAAUAACUUUGUGACACACACACACACACACACACACACGCAUGUGUGCACAACUGCUUGGUCUGGAACCAAAGCAGCGAGUGGUAUUUACGUGAAUAUCACAUUUAUUGAUCAACCGGCAGGGCUGGUUAACAAAACUUGAUUGCAAACUGAUCUUUAUAUGGGAAUGUAGUCUCCUUUGCAUCUGCUGUUUGUUCCGUCAGGCCACACGCUCUCUACAAAGACCUUGUUGCGUGACACUCGUAAGGAGCUCUCACUAGCGUGUUGCGUGACAAGAUCAGACAUUGGCUGCGAAGGAGUGGAGUGGAGAUGCCACGAUAUCUCUGAGUCAGCUGGCAAAUUAUGAGCUUUUUUACAAGGCAGGAAGCAGAGGUGCUGAAUAUUGUUGAUAGUUAUACGUAAUGCGAGUUGUACAUCUUAAACAGUAUUUUCGCCUUUUCUCGGUGAUUGAUCGCUAUUUCGAUGUUGUGUCAGUCAAAGAAACAAUGAAUUUUUUUUGUGUGGGAAAAACAUCUCGACUUGUAACAACUGUCUGUAGGAAAGUUAAGUAAUCUUGUAGAAAAUUAUUAUUGACCACACAAAAUAAUGUAGGAAUGAAACGUUGAAUGGUUGGGUGUUAGUAAUUUGGUAGUUUUUAGUUUUAUUUUGCUUGUAAGAGCGAACAUUUACAGAUAAUAUUUUGUAGACGUGAGAAUGGAUACAACGUGAGAUAUUUUAUCAAUUGGGAGUGACAUUUAGACGGAGUUGCUUUUAUCGAGAAUGAAACGAAUAUGUAAUUGCACUAAGAGAAGUUUUAAUGUGGAAAUAGAGGCGUUAUGUAUGAGUGCUGUUUAAUACAUAUAUCUUAUCAACCAAGCGCGAGGGCCUUACUGGGAGAAUAUCGGCGCGAGGUCUUGACAGUACGGACC